AUGUCUGAUCUAUCAGUUGAGCUCACAGCUCCCAAUGGUCGAAAGUACACACAGCCGACAGGGCUGUUUAUCAACAACGAAUGGGUAAAGAGCAGCAGUGGAACGAAGAUUACUUCCAUCAACCCUACUGACGAAACCGAAAUCACAUCCGUCUAUGCAGCAAGCGUCGAAGAUGUCGACAAGGCUGUGGCUGCGGCGCGCAAAGCCCUCAAAGAUCCAUCAUGGCGCGACAUGGCUCCCACCGAUCGAGGAAACAUGAUGAUCAAGCUUUCCGAUCUUGUUGCCGAACACGCAGAGACGCUAGCGACGAUUGAGACCUGGGACAAUGGCAAGAUCUACGCGGAUUCUCUGGGUGGUGACUUGGAGGAAGUCAAGGGAUGUCUUCGAUACUACGGCGGUUAUGCGGAUAAGAUACACGGAGAAACAAUCGAUGUUGGACCUGAUAAGUUCGCGUAUACGAUUAAGGAGCCGGUUGGUGUCUGUGGUCAGAUCAUUCCAUGGAAUUAUCCUCUGGCUAUGGCGGCGUGGAAACUAGGACCUGCACUGGCUUGUGGAAAUACGAUCGUUAUCAAAGCCGCUGAGCAGACGCCACUGAGCAUCUUAUACCUUGCCAAUCUUAUCAAGGAAGCCGGCUUCCCACCUGGGGUUGUCAAUAUUCUCAAUGGAUACGGAAGAGAAGCAGGAGCUGCCAUCGCUACUCACCUCGGGAUUGAUAAGGUUGCUUUCACCGGAAGUACUGCAACUGGAAAGGAAAUUAUGAAGCUGGCAUCGGUGAACAUGAAGAAUAUCACGUUAGAAACUGGAGGAAAGAGUCCAUUGAUCAUCUUUGAAGACGCAGAAUUGGAUCAAGCCGUCAAGUGGGCGCACAUUGGAAUUAUGUCCAAUCAAGGUCAAAUCUGCACCGCCACGUCGCGAAUCCUAGUACAAGACACCAUCUAUGACAAAUUCAUUGAAGACUUCAAGGCCCAUGUGAAGCAAAUCUCUGUCGUUGGGAAUCCUUUCGACGAAUCCACAUACCAAGGUCCUCAAGUCACAAAGACACAGUACGAGAGAGUCCUUGGUUUCGUACAAUCGGGUAAGGAUGAGGGGGCCACACUCGUUUCAGGCGGCGAGCAAUUUACCAGCGGUCCUAAAUCCGGAAAGGGUUUCUUCAUCACCCCAACCAUCUUCUCAGAUGUAAAACCCACCAUGAAAAUCUACCGCGAGGAAGUCUUUGGUCCAUUCGUCGUCAUCGCCUCCUUCAAGACCGAAGAAGAAGCAUUGGAAAUGGCAAAUGAUACUACUUACGGUCUUGGAAGUGCUGUGUUCACGCAAAACCUGCAACGAGCGCAUAGAGUGGCCAAGAGGAUCGAGGCUGGUAUGGUCUGGAUUAAUAGUAGUAAUGAUUCGGAUUUCCGCAUUCCGUUUGGUGGUGUGAAACAAUCGGGGAUUGGGAGGGAGUUGGGUGAAGCGGGGUUGGCGGCUUAUAGUCAGACUAAGAGUGUACAUGUUAAUAUGGGGGCGAAGAUAUAG